AUGAGUUAGCUGCUGGAAUGUUUAAUUUAACAAUUCAUACGGGAUGGAGACGAAAAGCAGAGUGAAUAGAUAAGUCGUUAAGUGAUGUAGAAGCAUCCUGUUAUCUACUUGUGUAAAUGUUCUGAGAUUUUGGAUGAUAUGGCUGAAAUCAAUGGUGAAUACAUCAGAGUGCUUAAGUUGACUCUUCAAGUUGCUGGAUUGUUAACCAAAACAGAGGAUGCCAAAUUAGCAGUCAUACAAUAUACACAAGUGUUAAAACGAAUAAUAAAUCGAAUACUAAGUCAGACUCAAAUUUCAGAGGAGUUGAACUAAUUGCUGAGUGAUAUCCACAUUAAAUUAAUGGAUGUUUUCGAUGAGUUGAUUAUCAAUCACAUCUCUGACUUUUUUGAAUCAGGACGUGUUCCUGAAAUAGUUAUUUUGAAGAUCAUUCAGCAGAUUUUUGAAUCUCAAAGCAAAGAAUACUUCCGACAAUUUUCAUAUGAAAUCUUAUAGAAGAUUCUGUCGUCUCUCUCUCUUGUGAAGACUGAUCAAUGUAGAUUGGAUUAUUGUUCAUUGUUGCAAUCUAUUUAUAAGACCCUCAAUCAUUUCGAAGAGAAUUAGGUCCAUAUUAAUCAGGAACAGGUUCAAAAUGUGAGUUGGCUUAUCUUCGACUAAAUCAUUAAGGAUUGGAUGCAGACAACAAUCCAAUUGCAAGUGUUGUCAUUGGUGGGAUUCAUGAGUCAAUUCAUCUCCAGAGAGAGAUUGGAACGCAGUCUUGAAAGAUUGACCUCGAUCUACUUGAGCGUAUUGAAACAGAAGAAUAACCAAUUAAGACCAUUAUUCGAAGGCUUCAACAAAUUCUUGGAGAGACUAUACAAAUUGGAUAGAAUCGGAUAUGAGGGAAUCAUUAAAUCAAUCAUGGUGUCUCUGUAUGAGUUUUACAAAAACCCCAUCUUCUCUCCCAAUUAUCCAUUUGAUCCCAAUGCCUUGAAGUACAAGAAUGAUUUAUUGACUCUUCUGCAGACAGUGUCAAAGUUCAACAUUGAUAAUUGUUUGGACUUGUUCAUAGGAAGAAUCAAUAGUAAGGAUUCAAUUGAGAGAGUCUCUUGUCUAUGGAUUUGCAAUUUCAUUCUGUCUAGAAAUUUUAAGCAGAUCUCAGAACCAUACAAAAGACAACUGGUCUUAUAAUUGUUGAAUUUGUAAUUCGAACAAGAUUGUGAAGUUAGAUAUGCCAUUUGUGAGAUCAUUCUAUAAAUACAGUACAAACUCAAGGAUGAAGAAUAACCAAUCAAUCAGACCUCCUUGGAUGUGAAGGCUUUGCUCUUUUAUCUCUUCAAUUAAGUUUCGAUACACGAUAAGGAAUUGGAGGAAUACGGCAAACAAAGGGCUGCCCCAUUUGAAACCACACUAGAACUAUUGAAGAGUAGAGCAUAAAAAAUAUUGACCACCCUUUCGUAAGAUCAAUACUUUUAUGAUUUAUUAUGGCCGAUGGGAUUGGAAAUCAUCAACAACCAAAAGUUCUCCCCUGGAUUGUCUCAUAUCUUUAAAUGUUACACUUAGAUCUUACAAAAAUUAAACACAAUCACACAUAACUCCCCUGUUGCUUAACAUGUGAUAAUUGUGAGGAUGUUGCUCCUCAUUUAGAUUCCUUACUUCUUCCCAAAUUUAGGUUUUGAGGCUGUUAACUUCUUGCCACAUUUAAUAAAGACUUUCGAUUUGAAGGUGCCAAGUAGUUUCCACUAAAAUGUCGAGGCUUUGAAACAAUACCUGACAAACAAGAGACCAUUGGAUGAAUUCUACGAAGAGAAAGUGUAAUAGAUUUGGAAGGUUUGUUUGUCAUUGUUCAUAUAAAACAAAGAACUCUCUUAAAUAGAGGAAGAUUUCCAAGUGUAACUUAGCAUGUACUUAAAUUCACAAGCUUUGAAAUUGCCGAUUAUGAAAAUGUAAGCCACCUUGAUGAGUUUUCUCACCAAUCAAGAAACAAUCAAAUACAAUCUAGAUAAGUUGUUUAGUUUUUGUCAUCAAGAAUACACAAAUCAAGCACUCAAUCUGAAUGUUCCCAUCUAAGAACCAGACUUUAAUCUUAGAUUGUGUGUUGCUGAAUGCUUUGGUUACAUCGGCGAAAGACACACACAGUUAGUUCUAGACAAAGUGAAGUCGAUUUUGAAUUGUGAAGUCAUUCAAAAGAAAAAUACAGGUUCCUUUAAGGAGAGUGUUUUUUCGAUCUUUUAAAAAAGUGGAAGUGAUGAGUAUUUGGCUUCAUUUCGAGCCACUCUGCUGAUUGCUUAUGGAUGUUUAGCCAAAUAAGUUUCAUUAGAAAUACUGGAGAAGAACAUCUUACCUAAUGUUAUGCCGUUCAUUGGACAUGAGCAAUUGUUCAACUCCCUUCAAAUAUCUUUGGAAUCCAUUAGCAAAGCCAUUGAGAGGUCAGUCGAGAACACUGAUGAAGCAGCAGCAUCCUCAUUUUUGUUGAGUUACCAAAAGUAUAGGGAUUAAGUGUUGACUCACUGUUAAAAGAAUAUUACAAGGGGGAAUGUAUUCAGAAAUCUCAAUACAAUUAAUUUAUAAUAUCGAUUGGCACCUAUUGAGUACAACAAAGUCAAACAAUUAUUGAGUCAACACUUGGAAUAGAAGUAUGAUCUAUCAAUUGAGUAGGUCAAUAUCACAUUUUAGAAUUGUUUCUUGUUGUUUUUGGGAACAAUCAAAUUGGAAGAAGACUCUUAAACUAUAUCUGUUUGGCAAUCUCUAUUGUAUCUAAUCAAAUCAAUAAAGGACAAUGAUCAACUCAUUGAGAUUUUGCAGAAAAGCAUUUAGAGAGUAAAAUUGAAGAUGGAAUAAAACCACAAGAACUACUUUAAGGUGAUUCUGACCUUACUCUCAAUAUUAUACCGAAAUACAAAUGCCAAAAGAUCAGUGGUUCUGAUCUUAGAGAAAGUCAUGUUGAGUCUAGGAGUGUACUUGGAUAUCUAUUAGAAAACAGAUGAAGAAUUCAACUCUUAAUUAAUUAAGUCAUUGAGAGAAAAGUUGCACCACAGUGAAUUGACUACUUUGCUGUAAGAGUUAUAGAAUCUGAUCAAUGAGCCAAUUGUUGAAUCACUCCAUGGGUUUGUCUCGCUCAUUCAAUGUGUUUAUCAAAGUGAAUAUGCUGAUUUAAACAGGGUGCUAACUCUAUUUUAAUUGAUUUGUCAAUAAGGAGCAGGAUCAUCUUCUGAAGAAUUGAUUAAUUCUAAUUUAAGUAAAGCAAUGGAUUUAUUGGCUCAGAAUAAUUUGAGCGAUUCUUUGGAAAUCCUUCUGGAAAACCAUUCAGAAUUUCCAGUUGGUAUGUUCCCUAAACUGUUCCUUAAUUGUGUAGGUUAGAAGAAGGCCUUCAUGGUGUAGAGCUUUAAGUUUUUGACUGAUGUCCUAAACAAUCCAGAAGGAAUCAUUGCUGGAGAUAUUGGAAACUAUUUAGUUAAUGCCUCCUUAUUUAUUGGAUAAUUGUUGAUUGAUGAAAAUAAGAUUCUAGCUGAAAUGCUACCAAAAUCAAUGGCCAGUAUAUUGGGAACUUUCUUAUUGAGAUUCAUGACUUGUCAUGAUCCUAAAUUAUCUGGAUCCUCGUAAUCAGUUUAGACUGCUAUUUGGGCAUUCUAAAAUUUGUUGACUAUUUGCAAUAUUGAAGGAAUAUCCUAGCACGUUUUCAAGAAGUUGUUGAUCGAAGAGGAAGUGGAGGAUGGAGUCCAGGAGAUCGUAAUGAUAUAUUGCAAGGGAGCAUCGUUUCAAGAUUAACAGAAACUCUUUAAUUUCAUAGAAGGAUUUACCAAAAAGGAAUAGGCUUCAUAUAGAUUGGGUGCCAUUGUUGUUAUUAGUUAAUUCAUCAGAAGUUACAAGAAGGAAUAUGAAUAGCAGAGCGUUUAUGAGAAUCUCUUGAAAACCCUAUUGGAAUCAGCUGAGGAUGACAGUGAUAAUGUUAGAGCCCAAGUGGCAUUUGGAUUGGGAGGCCUAUCAUAUUAUCUAAAGGCGGAGGAGACCAUUGAUAAAGAGCUAUUACAAGAGAUCAUCGAAUGUCUUAUAAGUUUACUGGAUGACUAAUAGGAGAUUUGCGUGAGAAGUGCGAUGAUUAGUUUAUAAAAUCUGGUUGAUUCAAAGACUGAUUUUGUGGCAUACAUUCCAUAGUUAAUUUUUACUACAACAUCUAAUUUUGAGAAAACUAUGACCAAGAUUAGAAUUUCAGCAUUCUCUCUUUUCUCAAAAUUAUGCAAUACUUGUUUUGUAGAGAAUAUAAUGAACGAAUAGAUUAUGUCCUAUUUGAGAUAGGCAUUUGUAUCUGUGAUGCUUCAUUUGUUAGAUGAUAGUGUUUAGGUUAGACAAGUGUGCAAGUUGGCUUUGGAACCAAUAGGCAAUUUACUUCAAAUCCCAUUACUUUAGUAUAUUAAUUUGUUUACAUUUUAUAGAAAAUUAUCGAACAAUGAAAUCUAAAGUGAACUUGAGAUGAGUCAUUUGGAAGAAAAUGAAAAAAUCAUCAUGAUAAUGAGUAUAAACUUGGAGCAAGAACAUUUAAAUACCUAUAUCAAAGCGUUGAUCGAGUUUUGUAAGAGUCCAGAACACAAUAUCAAGGGAGCUGCCUUAUUUAGUUUGAUUAUUCUGUUGUCCUUCAGAGAGGUUGGAGAUUACAGAGCACACAUUGAGUAAUUAUGCAAGGACAACAGCAAAGCCAAGUUGGUCACCAAAUAAUUGGUGAUGAAGGCAGCGUACUAUUUAUGA